UCAUUUUGUAAAUACUAAAAUGGCAGCAGCAUUUGAUUUCAACGUGUUUCUAUUACUCUCUCUUUUAUCCAUUACUAACAUUACUCAUAUAGAUGAUGUUAAAACUCUUCAUCUUCAUGAUUUCUCUGAUUUCAAUCGAAGCAGUUUCCCACAAGAUUUUGUUUUUGGAACAUCCUCUUCUGCAUUCCAGUAUGAAGGUGCAGCAAAAGAAGAUGGAAAAGGACCAAGUAUAUGGGACACAUUCACCCAUACAAACCCAGAAAAAAUAAGAGAUAGAAGUAAUGGAGAUGUAGCUGCAGACUCCUAUCAUCGAUACAAGGAAGAUAUUGGAAUCAUGAAGGACUUGAAUAUGGAUGCUUAUAGAUUUUCCAUUUCUUGGUCUAGAGUGCUACCAAAAGGAAAGCUUAGCGGAGGCGUAAACCAAGAGGGAAUAAACUAUUACAACAACCUCAUCAAUGAACUAUUGGCCAAUGGUUUGCAACCAUAUGUGACAAUUUUUCAUUGGGAUGUUCCUCAAGCCUUAGAGGAUGAGUAUGGCAGUUUCUUAAGCCCUCGCAUUGUAGAUGAUUUUAGGGACUAUGCUGAACUUUGCUUCAAGGAAUUUGGUGAUAGGGUGAAACAUUGGAUUACUUUGAAUGAGCCAUGGAGUGUGAGCAUAAAAGCCUAUGCAAUUGGAAUAUUUGCACCGGGUCGAUGUUCAGAUUGGUUAAACCUAAAUUGCUUAGGAGGUGAUUCAGGUACCGAACCGUAUUUGGCCGCACAUUACCAACUUCUUGCUCAUGCUGCUGCUGUAAAACUGUACAAGACCAAAUACCAGGAAUCUCAAAAUGGUUUAAUAGGAAUUACCUUACUCUCUCACUGGUUUGAGCCAGUCACUAAAGAGAAACCAGACUGCGAUGCGGCGCAACGUGCCCUUGACUUCAUGUUUGGAUGGUAUAUGGAUCCGAUUGCAAAAGGAAACUAUCCAAAAAGCAUGCAAACUUUGGUGGGAAACCGGUUACCAAAAUUCUCCAAAGAAGAAUCUGAGAAUCUUAAGGGGUCCUUUGAUUUUCUCGGCCUAAACUAUUACUCGGCCUCUUACGCUGCCGAUGCACCUCAUAUACGCAAAGCCAGACCGGACAUACAAACUGAUUCUCUUGUUAAUAUUACAUUUGAAUAUGAUGGCAAGCCCCUUGGUCCAAUGGCUGCUUCCAACUGGUUAUGCAUUUAUCCGAAAGGACUUCAAAAACUGUUGCUUUACAUCAAAAAUAAGUACAACAACCCUGUUAUUUACAUUACUGAAAAUGGCCGUGAUGAGUUCAAUGAUCCAACAUUAUCGCUUGAAGAAUCUCUGAUAGAUACUUACAGAAUUGAUUACUAUUAUCGUCAUCUUUAUUAUCUUCAAACUGCAAUCAGGGAUGGUGUGAAUGUGAAGGGAUAUUUUGCAUGGUCUUUGUUGGAUAACAUGGAAUGGGAAUCUGGCUUGAGCUUGCGAUUUGGACUUGUUUUCGUGGAUUACAAAGACGAUUUGAAACGACACUCGAAACUCUCGGCGAAUUGGUUCAAGAAUUUCCUCAAGAAAUCUUAGACAUAUAUAUAUAUAAAAGUAUUUUGUUUUAUUGAACUUGGGAUUUGAAAAUAAGUGACAUGAAGAGCUACCAAUAAAUAAACAGAGAUUUAGUAAAGCUCUUUUUACUUUCUAUUGAAGCCACAUUAUUCAAUCAUAGGCAUUGAUCUCUUAGCAGAUCUUGUGGUUUACAAUAAAGGAACAGUUAUAAGCUGUGCUACACCAGAACAUUGCAGCUGAAUCAAUCACAAGAUAGACGGGUUGUGCAGUCUUAGAACUUUCCUCUUAUCAGUUGUGUAAUUUGAAUUUUCCAUUUAAUUAUUUUGUUAUGUGAGAAAGCAUAAAAAGCAUGACUCUAUCCUAUAUACAGAGCAUUGAAUCUUGUUUGGGAAGAAUUGGAGAUAUAUGUGCCAAUUCCCAUUUGCACUUGUAGUUGUAGAGUUAAGUGUGCUUGCGAAGCAAUCAGAACUGCUAGAAUUAAUCAUCAA